GUGUGAGAGCAGUGUGAGAGUGGUGUGUGUGAGAGAGCGGUGUGUGAGCGCGGUGGUCAUAGUGAGAGAUCGGUGGUGAUACCUCAGGCGCUUAGGGAUCUGCCUCAGAAACAGCAGGUGCCCCCAAGUGGGGGGCUGCCCCCAUCCUCGAGGAUGGGUCGCAGAAGGGCCAGCCUAUGGGCGCUUUUCCCAUGCUGCAACUCCAAGAAAAAGGCCAAGACAAGAAAUAAGUUGGCCUCAUCCCACGUCCUGGAAGCAGAGUGCCCGGAGGAGUUCUCCACACGUCAACAACUGAAGGCAUGCAGGGAGCAGCUUCUUACAAGAGAAGCAGAAAUCGCGGAGCUAAAAGCAGAAAGGAGCAACACCAGGCUGCUGCUGGAACACCUGGAGCUCCUGGUUUCCCGGUACGUGCCGUCCCUCCGGAUGAUAGCGGGCACACAGCAGGCGCAGUCCCCAGCCAGCGUGACCAGCGAGUUGGAGGUGCUCAGGGCACUGAGAUUGCUGUUUGAGCACCACAAGGCCCUGGACGAGAAGGUGCAGAGCCAGAGGGAGCAGGACUGGGAGUCCACACAGCAGACCCGCGACUUCCAGAUUGAAGAGGAUGUGUCUGACGGCGAGGGCGACAGAGUCACCCUCUUCAGCUCGGCCGGUCAGCUGCCGCCCAGUGGGCAGGCCGAUGCUGACACUCUGCCUGUGAUGCCUCGGGAGCAGCUGGACAGCAUCAGUGAAGAGAUCCGGUGGGUGCGCCCGAACUCGGCUCCCCAGAAACGGGGCUUCUCUGAGGAGCUGUCUUCUCCUGGGAGAAGUCUGAGUGUUCCCUAGUGAGAAAACUGACUUCAGGCCUGCUUCAAGGAUUUUCAGUUCUCAGACCACCCUUGAUGAAAGAGCUGUCAGGCAGGGCGUUCUGUCCACCUCUGUUGUCAGCCCUCUGUGGGGGCGGGCGUUGUGGGGUGUCCCCCGCAUGUCUGAGCCCCAAGGUGGGUGAGGUGCCGAGGCGGUGUCCUCUCCGGCUCCUGUGCCCUCUAGCCCUGAGGGUUUACCCUCCCGUGUUCAUCGGAGACUGCCACGUUCUGGUGAAAAGGCACCUGGAACAGAAAAGCGGGGGUUUGGGGGCUGGAAAAUUCCCACUCAGAUCUGCAUUGUCCUUUUUAACUGAAUACAGUUUGGAGAUUGGCUUCUUGUGAGACAGUGGUCCAAGGACAUGUGUUUGAGUUUUUCUGAUGUUGUCAGUAUAUUUAAGAUGUUUUCUUUAGACACCGUCUUGGCAGUUGUAACAGUUUACAACACGGGAUAGAACGCAAAUGCCCGCCUCGUGGUGAGCAGCGGGCCUUGGGUCUGGUUGUAGCCGGGUGUCCGCGGACCCCGAGGCCUGCCUGGGCCACACCCACACAGCGGCGCCCCUGUCAUGGGUCCAUGUCCAGAGCGGCCGCAGGCCGGUGACCAUGUGCAGGACCAGGCAGAGCUGCUGCUCAGAUUGUUGUCAUCACGUCAGCCCACGCCGAGAUGCCUGGGCCUGUGUGCCGAGCACGCGGGGCUCAGGGGGAAGGCAGGGGUGAACGGCACAGCCAGCAAACGCAGGUGGUGCCGCCUGCACUUUUGACGCCGAGACAGACUGCUUCCUUGGCCUUGUUCAGCUCAGAUUAGCUCAGAAAGAUGGGAUUUCCCUGUCCCCACAGGAAAUAUGGAACGGUUCCGUAUUAAUAUUUUUAUUUUUACAGCAAGUUGUCAGGUAAAGUGAAUUUUCCUUAGGCAGUAAGGUGACUUCUUUUAUGAAUGGUAAAUUCUGUCCAUCAGCUUGCUAUCAGAAUGGAAAAACUUUCAAGACUUUUAGAUAUAA